AUGGCUAUGGCUUUGAACGCUUCAUGCCAGAUCCGAGGAUAUGCUUCCAAGAAGGGCGGAAAGGGCGGAAAGGGAGGAAAGAAGGGUUCCAGCAGCGACGAUGACGAUGACGAGGACUCUGGAUCUCGCAAAGGAAAAGGCAAAGGAGCCGAACCAUCAGGAGUGGAGAUGACAUUUGACCCAUUGGACCUGGAAAAAAAGAUGGGCCAGUGCUUAGAGAGACUCAAGAAAGACUUCAUGACCAUGCGAGCCGGAACCGCUAACCCAGCGAUCCUGGAUCCUGUUGUAGUCAAGAUCGACAAGAAGAUGGUGCCAUUGCGUGAUCUGGCACAAGUUUCUAUCAAAGAUGCCAAGACAUUGAUGGUCAAUGUCAGUGAUGCCGAACUCACAACUGCUAUCGAGAAGGCGAUCCGUGAGGCGGGACUGAACCUGAACCCAAUUGCUGAAAAUAAGGCCGUCAAGGUUCCUGUGCCAAAGCCGACGAAAGAGUUCCGCGAGUCGCUUACAAAGCAGGCAUCGACAAGUGCAGAAAAGGCAAAGACGAUUAUUCGUAAGCUGAGACAGGAUGGUAUGAAGGAUCUUAAGACUGAUCUCAAGGCAGGAAUGAGUUCCGACGAGAACUACACCCUGGAAAAGAAGGCUCAAACACUGCACGACAAGUAUAUCAAGGAUAUUGAGGAGGCACUCAAGGCCAAGUCCAAAGAGAUCAUGUCCAAUUAG